UGUAUUUCUUAUUUUCUCGUAAUUAAAUUCAUUUUCACCAAUUAUCAAAAGCUUCCAGAGUUGCAUCAUCAUUCUCUGUUGACUGAUUUUCCUGGAAUAUAAGGAAGAAACGGGUUCAGGAAAGGCAGUUGCGUAAAUUGUUAUCGACUGGUUAACCUCGAACAACCCUCGGGCAUAACGGAAUCCCUUUUGAUUCGGAAUUUGUUUGAAACAAAAUCUAGGGUAUAUUACUAUUUUGUAUCAUCUCUUCAUUUUUAAAUAAUUUACCUGAUUUGCUUGUCUUCUAAUUAUUAACGUUUGAGCAGUUAGAAAUUGAAAAAUAAUUAUUAAUAAAAUAAAGGCUAGUUUGAAUUGCAUUUUACUUGAUUUGGGUUAAAAUUAAUUAUUUGAGGAGUUUUCUGCGCUUUUUAUUUAAACCGUUUUACCCUCUAAUAAAAUUUUUUUUUAAAUUUAGUCUGCAUAUAAUAAAGGAAGUAAAUUUUUCUAUGAGAGAAAUUUUACUUAAAAAUUCAUUUUUAAUCAUUGAAUUUUGAUUUUUUGUAAAAGGAACUAGUAUAUAUGCUAUAAAAUUUUUAAAUAUUUGGGCAGCUGCUUAAGAUCCUUUUAAGUUUAAUAAAACUUAAAUUUCAGACGAGGAAGUUGAAAAUAAGAAAAGUCAAAGGAAGUUUAAUUUCAAAUGGUAGCGGAACAAGAAUCUGCACAAAAUACAACUUGUUCAUCUCCAAUUCCCAGCUUAAAAUAUUCAAUUAAUGAUUUAUUGUUCAAUCUUUCCGACUGCUCUGAAGAACGAAAAUUGAAUGGAGUAUGUAAAAAAAUUAUAAAAAUAUUUUUUAAAUUGUAGUUCAAAUCAAAAUUAUUAAAACAAUGGGAAUUGUCUGCGAAUAAAGGAACUCUUAAUUAUCAUGUUGGAAAUUGUAAAUUUCGAAAGUUGGGUGGCCAAUAUAAAAUAUGUUUAC